GUUCCCUCCCGUCACGACAAACCGGUAUACCAGUCAUCAGCUCUUUUUAACGAUUCAUCAUGCGCGAAGUCAUCUCUCUUCAUGUUGGUCAGGCUGGUGUUCAGAUUGGCAAUGCCUGCUGGGAGUUGUACACCCUAGAACACGGCUUGAGCCCUGACGGUCGCGUCCUUGAUGAAGCUCACAAGACUGACGCCGGGUUCUCUACGUUCUUCUCCGAGACUGGUUCAGGGAAACACGUUCCUCGCUCUCUUUACAUUGAUCUGGAACCCGGAGUCGUAGAUGAAGUCAAGACCGGUCCUUACAGAUCUCUCUUCCACCCCGAGACCAUGAUUACGGGCAAGGAGGACGCAGCAAACAAUUAUGCUCGUGGACAUUACACAGUCGGAAAAGAAUUGAUCGACCCAGUCAUGGAUAAAAUUCGUCGCUUGGCUGACAACUGUUCAGGAUUACAAGGAUUUUUCGUGUUCCACUCGUUUGGCGGAGGUACUGGGUCUGGAUUUGGUGCCCUGCUGUUGGAACGACUUUCUACGGAUUAUGGAAAAAAGUCCAAGCUUGAGUUCUGCGUUUAUCCUGCACCUCAACUGUCGAGUUCGAUAGUCGAACCCUACAACUCAAUUCUGACCACCCAUACAACUCUUGAACAUUCUGAUUGUUCGUUUAUGGUCGACAACGAGGCUAUAUAUGAUAUCUGCAAGAAAAAUCUUGGUGUCUCUCAGCCCAGCUUCACCAAUCUUAAUCGCUUGAUUGCUCAAGUUGUCUCAUCGAUCACUGCUUCGCUUCGCUUUGAUGGUUCAUUGAACGUUGACCUUAAUGAAUUCCAAACCAACCUUGUUCCCUUCCCUCGGAUCCAUUUCCCAUUAGCAACAUAUGCCCCACUUCUGUCCGCCGAGAAGGCGACUCACGAACAAAACUCUGUCAGUGAAAUGACCUUCUCUUGCUUUGAGACUGGACAUCAGAUGGUGAAAUGUGACCCCAAAGACGGAAAAUACAUGGCUUGCGCUCUACUUUAUCGUGGUGAUGUCGUACCGAAGGAUGUUCAGGCUGCUGUCGCCAGUAUCAAGACCAAGCGAACCAUCCAGUUCGUCGAUUGGUGCCCGACUGGCUUCAAGCUGGGCAUUUGCAACGAGCCUGCCGCUGCGGUCCCAGGUGGUGACCUUGCUAAGAAUACCCGCAGUCUCUGCAUGCUUUCAAACACGACGGCUAUCUCUGUCGCUUGGAGUCGGCUAGAUUACAAAUUUGACCUCAUGUACUCCAAGCGCGCAUUCGUUCACUGGUAUGUUGGCGAGGGUAUGGAGGAGGGAGAGUUCUCAGAGGCUCGUGAGGAUUUGGCAGCACUGGAGAAGGACUAUGAGGAAGUUGGUACCGACUCUGCAGAUGUUGAAGAGGAGGGCGAAUAUUAGAUGGUCUAUCAUUUUGGGAAGAACGACCACAUAUUCUUCUUCCUAAUAUUUUCUUUUCUUGUUGCACUGUUUCCAUCGCUUUCGCGCGUCUUCCUGAUAUUUCUUCCGUCCUUCUAUCCGGGACAUUCUUCCAUCCAAAAGGAUCUAACAUAUCAUCAUAUUCGCUUUUCAGCUCGCAUACUUGAUAGCACAUGAUUUUCUACAUGGUGGAACAGAAUGUAAUUCCCUGAAACAUUCAAGA